UUAGCUUCUUGCAUGGGUGACGACAUAUAUAAGAAGAUGCCCACAAAUCCAACAACUAAAGCAAGAGCAACCCAUAACAUCAGUAGUCAUUUAUCCACCCACUGGAAGAUCAUAUUGGAAGGGGAAAUAAUCCUGCAAUGGAGGGCGGAGAUCAUCAUCAAUAUCCAGGACCAGAAGAUCAUGAGCCUGUGAGGUGCCAGCAGCCCUCAAGCAAAAAGAAGGGUGAAAACUGCAAGAGGUUCAGCCAUGAACAAGUGAAGUUACUGGAAUCCAUGUUUACGUUAGAAACGAAGCUCGAGGCACAUAAGAAGCUGCAGCUGGCAAGAGAUUUAGGGCUGCAGCCUCGCCAGGUAGGAAUAUGGUUCCAGAACAAAAGGGCCAGAUGGAAGGCAAAGCAGAUAGAGCAAGAUUACAGAGAGCUUAAAGCCAAAUUUGACAACCUAAAUGUGCAGUUUGAUUACCUGAAGAAUGAAAACCAGUCUCUGCUUAUGCAGUUGGAAAAGCUACGUUCUGAGGUAGAAAACAAGCCCGCUGGGCACAGAAAAAUCCAAGAUUCAAAGGGCAGUAAGGUGUUCAGGGAUUCAGACAGUAAAGAUGCAAACUUUGGAACCAAAGAAAACCCUGAGAUCAAGAGGGGCGAGGAUGCAAACGAGCUGGGAAUAAAUGAAUACCUUGAACAGCAAGAAGAAGAGGCAGAGUUCUUGAACCUGGGAGGAUUAGGAGGAGACAGUCCUUUAUCCUCACAGGAAAACUGGUGCUGCAUCGGCUUAGGCGAUGCCUUUUGCCACUCAUGUGGGACUUCAAAAUUGUGGGAUAUUUGAAUGUCUGAUCUUCAAUUCUUCUCAACAUCAAAGAUAACAUUUUAAGCCCACAACGUAACAGUCCUUCCAACAAUCAAAAUGGAUCUCAGUCCUUCAUUUUAUAUACGUUUAAUUUGACAGUGAACAACAGGUUUGUUUCUUUGUUUGUUUGUUUUUUUUCACUCUAAAGUCAAAAUGGUCUGAAAAAAGGAGGCAAAGAAGGGCGGCUACCAGGCCAGUUUCCAGCCAACAUGAAUAAUUUAUGUACAAUAGCUUAAUAUUUACUGCUUUUUUCCUUUUAAUAUAUAGGGUAUGGAUGAUAAGUUGAUAUAGGUGCAGUGUGUAGCUCAUAAACAUAUUGAGACAGAAGUAAACAUCAAAUGUAAUUCCUGCAA